UUAGUUUGUUCAAGAUUUACACGAAAUUAGUUGUACCGAAGCAAAUUGUAUUUUUCUGCCAUAAUUAAUAAUCUAUUGCAACAAUCUAUUGUAACCGAUGUAGAAUGUUACAUCACGUGAUAAAUUUUGGAAAUCUUUAUAUUGUAUGAUUGUCGAAAUUUUAUCUUGUAGAAUCUACCAAAUCAUUGUUUUGGAAUUGAUUGAAAACCUCAGACUUCCUGAUACAGAUAUAAUCGUGACAAGGUAUUAUGUUAACCGAACAGCUGGUGAACCUUACAUAACUGCAGAGUUCCCAUCAUCGGAAUUUGAUAUGUAUAAAGACUUUGUUGUUGGUCAAGGAAACUCUUUCACGAGUGCAAAACGAAGAAAAAAACGAGCGGCUUCUCCAAACAUUGUUAACGGUCCGUUAACUGAAGGUCGUCCUUAUCGUUUACUACAACGUGGUUUGGAUGAUAAAAGAACAGUUAUUAGAACGAGAGCUUGGACUGACACAAUACAAACGAUAAAAAAAAUUGAUGAUGGUGGCAGCUCUCCUGUUGGUAUCAUAGUUGGUGUUGUUGUUGCAGUCAUUUUGGUUAUUUUGAUUGUAAUUGCCGUGUUUUACAUCAGAAGACGACGUGGUAACAGCAGAAAGCAACAUAGAGACAACAUUGAAUUGGACAAUCGAGGCUAUGUACCAGGUGAGGUGUACGCUGUUACAGACUUCAGUGAACAUUGUCGUAGAUUGGCAGCGGACUCAAACUGUUUAUACUCCUUGGAGUACUCUCAAAUCCCUCGAAAGAAUGUGACUCUUUCCAUGAAUGUUGCUCAAGAAGAUGGUAACAGAGAAAGCAAUCGAUAUAACAAUAUCUUAUGUUACGAUGAAAAUCGAGUGAUUCUUAAAACUGAUCCAAGUGGCAAUGAUUAUAUAAACGCCAGUUACCUGGAUGGAUGUGAAAAAGAGAAGGCAUACAUAGCAACUCAAGGACCAUUGGAAACGACGUGUGAACAAUUCUGGCGAAUGGUUUGGGAAAAUUUAAGCAGUGUAAUUGUUAUGGUUACAGGUCUGGAAGAGGGUCGAAAAGUAAAAUGUCAUCAAUAUUGGCCGUCAAAAGGAAGCGCUGAAUAUGGUGAAUUUGUUGUUACGUUGUUGGAGGAAUUUGAACUUACAGAUUAUACCAUUAGAACAUUUAAAGUUGUUAGGGCAGAUACACUUCAAGAGCGUUCAAUAAAACAAUUCCAUUACACGACGUGGCCCGACCAUGGUGUACCGAGCAGUCCAAAUUCUCUAUUAAAUUUUGUCCGCAAGUCAUCUGCUGCAAAUCCGCCAAAUGCUGGACCAAUGGUUGUACACUGUAGUGCUGGUGUUGGCAGAACAGGAACUUACGUUGUCAUUGAUACACAACUGAGACGGAUUGCAAAACGAAAGACAGUUGACGUAUAUGGUAACGUUCAAAAACUACGCAAUCAACGUUUGUUGAUGGUUCAAGUUGAAGAUCAAUAUACCUUCAUUCAUAAUGUGUUACUUGAAGCAAUCAACAGUGGAGAGACAGAAAUACCUGUAGAAGAUUUUCCUGAAACUCUUAAAGAGAUCAUGAAAGUGAAUCCUGAAACGGGUGUUGUUCGAGUAGAGGAAGAAUUUCAACGUCUUGGUAGAAGUGUCAGCCCUCCUGCUCAAUUUAAAACAGCCAAUUUGAACUGCAAUAAGCAGAAAAAUCGAUACGCAAAUGUUUUACCUUUUGACGAUUCUCGCGUAAAAUUGACGCAAAUCCCAGGGAUCGAAGGCUCUGAUUACAUCAAUGCUAACUUUAUUGAAGGUUAUAUGAAAAAGAAGGCCUUUAUUGCAACGCAAGCACCAAUACCUGACACAAUCCCUGACUUCUGGAGAAUGAUUUGGCAAGAAAACUUUACAAUUGUUAUGAUUUCAAAUGAAAUGGAAAGUGGAAGAUUAAAAGUUCAUAGAUACUGGCCAAAUAAAGCUCCUGCAGUAAUUGGUGACCUUAUGGUUGAACUCAUGAACGAGCAAACCUUUGAUGAAUAUAUUUUACGAGAAUUCAAAUUAACGAAUACGAAGGAGAAAGCUUCUCACAUGAUUCGUCAAUUCCAUUACACAUCAUGGCCGGAUGUUGGCUUUCCUUCGUCUGGUACGGGUAUGAUUGAUCUCAUUGGUCAAGUGCAAAGAUGGCAAAUACACACAGGAAAUAAGAUUAUCACUGUUCAUUGCAGCGCGGGUGUUGGACGUACUGGAGUAUUUUGUGCUUUAUCAAAUCUUAUUGAACGUUUGAAAACUGAACACGUUAUUGAUGUGUUUCAAACCGUAAAAAUGUUACGUCAGAAAAGAUCUGCUAUGGUGCAGACUAAGGAUCAGUACGAGUUUUGCUAUCGCGUCCUUAAUGAAUAUUUGGACUCCUUUGAUCUCUAUUCAAACUUCACUUAAUGUUUUAGUCCAUGAUAUUUAAACUCAGUGCACAUUUGUGUUAUAAUAGAACGCUUACUUAAUUUUACAGGUAACACGUAUAAGUUGUACUUAUAAAUAAUUAAUAUAUAUGUUUAAAUUUUUAAGUAGAUAAUAUCAUUCAGUAGUGAAGAUAUUUUACUUUCAUAAGGAAACAAGCUUAGUAAAUAUUAAAAAUUACAUUCUAUAGUUCAUUAUUCUAUGAACUAUAAUUUGCUAUUUUAAUGAACAUUUAUCAUUAAACGAGCUUGUUAAAAGCUUGUUUAGCUUCAGUAAACAGCUUAAGUAAUUAUUAUGAUUUACUUAAACUUUGAAUAAAUUUCAAUUACAUGAUAAAAGUACUCGA